AUGCCGGUUUAUUCUAUAUCGCAUGUCGAAAAUGUCAGAGUCUGUGUGGUAAUGGUUGGGCUACCGGCACGUGGAAAAUCGCUUAUCUCGCAAAAGAUUGUGCGCUACUUGUCAUGGUUGUCGAUCAAAUCCAAGUGUUUCAACGUUGGAUCAUAUAGAAGAGAAGUGGCCAAGGAUACUGUCAUUAAUGCUGAUUUUUUUGACCCUCAAAACCCAGAGGGAUUAAACUACCGAAAGCAAGCGAUUGAUACUGCUAUCAUCGACAUGAUGAAAUGGUUCCUGGAAGAGAAUGGAGUUGUUGGUAUUCUAGAUGCUACGAAUUCGACUCGCAAGAGAAGAGAUAUGAUUUUGCGUCUUUGUCGUGAAAACCACAUCGAGCCAAUGUUUUUAGAGAGCUGGUGUGACGAUAAAGAAUUGAUCCUCCAAAACAUCGCAGAUGUAAAGACUACUUCUCCUGAUUAUGUUGAAAAAUCAAGCGAGUUUGCCACUAAAGACUUUUUGAAACGAAUUGAACUUUACGAAACGGUAUACGAGACCAUGGACUCUGUCAAGGAUGCCAAUUUGUCAUUCAUCAAAUUGGUCAAUGUUAAUGCGCAAAUAAUCUUGAACCGUAUUGAGACGUACUUGGAAAGUAGAAUUGUCUACUACGUCAUGAACUUGCACAUAAAGCCUCGAAGUAUAUGGCUUUCAAGACAUGGUGAAUCAGAGUUCAAUUUGACAGGCCAGAUUGGCGGCGAUGCCAACUUGUCCGAGCGCGGGUGGAAGUAUGCAAAGAAGCUUCCCGAGUUGGUGCUCAAGUCUCUUGGUGAAGACCUCCAGCAUACAAACCUUACAGUAUGGACCUCAACUCUCAAGCGUACACAACAAACGGCAUCUUUCUUACCGUAUAAGAAAUUGCAAUGGAAAGCAUUGGAUGAAUUAGAUGCUGGUGAAUGCGACGGAAUGACUUACGAGGAGAUUGAAGUCAACUACCCCGAAGACUUCAAAGCCAGAGAUGACGAUAAGUAUGAGUAUAGGUAUCGUGGGGGAGAGUCAUACAGAGAUAUUGUUAUUAGGCUAGAACCAAUCAUUAUGGAAUUGGAAAGACAGGAAAAUAUUCUUAUUAUAACCCACCAAGCCGUGUUACGUUGUUUGUAUGCUUAUUUCAUGAAUGUGCCUCAAGAAGAAAGUCCUUGGAUGUCAAUACCCUUGCAUACAUUGAUCAAGCUAGAGCCCAGAGCAUACUCAACAUUGGUGAGCAGGAUCAAGGCAGAUAUCCCUGCAGUUAGCACCUAUAAAGAAAAAGGAACCUCCCAACUUGGUGAGUCAAAGUCCAGUGAAAAUGUGUUUAAAAGCAGAGAUUUGAUCAAGAAUAGCAGCUCUGCUUAG